AUGAACAAACAAGAGAUGGGAAGGUUUAAUAUUUCCCCAGAUGAGGACAGCGCCAGCUCCAACAGCAACGAUGACUUCAAUUACCCGGAAUAUCCAGCAAAGAAGCUAUCCAUUAAAGGGCAUUAUGACAUGGAUCCAGAGAACCAAAAAUUUUCUUCUUGAGCCUACUUUGACAAAGAAGAAAUGCGAGACAGAAUACCUUCCAGGGACCACAUCUUUUGGCAUGUCAGUAUUUAACCUCAGUAAUGCCAUUGUGGGAAGUGGAAUUUUAGGUCUAUCCUAUGCCAUGGCUAACACUGGGAUUGCACUAUUUAUGAUUCUAUUGACAUUUGUGUCAAUCUUCUCUCUCUACUCCAUUCACCUUCUGUUAAAGACAGCAAAUGAAGGAGGUUCUUUAUUGUAUGAGCAGCUGGGAUUUAAAGCAUUUGGAUUAUUUGGAAAACUUGCAGCCUCUGGAUCUAUAACCAUGCAGAAUAUUGGAGCAAUGUCAAGCUACCUCUACAUUGUGAAGUAUGAGUUGCCUCUUGUAAUUAAGGAACUAGCCGGUACUGAUCCCAGUGCUAAUGAAUGGUACUUGAAUGGAGAUUAUUUGGUUGUAAUAGUUUCUAUAGUCCUCAUACUUCCGUUGUCACUGCUAAGAAACUUGGGGUAUUUGGGCUACACGAGCGGCUUUUCACUUAUGUGUAUGGUGUUUUUCCUCAUUGUUGUUAUCUACAAGAAAUUUCAGAUCGCGUGCCCUCUUUUACUAGAAAACGAUGCCAUCAACGCCCCGAUCCACAGCGUUGAGCUGAACGAGACCAUUGAUGAUGAAAUGUGCAAACCAAAAUACUUUGUUUUCAACUCACAGACGGUGUAUGCUGUACCCAUCCUGACUUUCUCCUUUGUCUGUCACCCAGCUGUCCUUCCAAUUUACCAGGAACUUAAAGGCCGAAGCCGUAGAAGAAUGAUGAAUGUUUCAAAUGUGUCCUUUUUCGCUAUGUUUAUCAUGUAUCUCCUGGCUGCUCUCUUUGGAUAUUUGACUUUCUAUGGACGUGUUGAGCCAGAGUUACUCCACACAUACUCCAAGGUUCCAGGAGCUGGAGUUAUAUUUGUCGUUGUGCGCCUGGCUGUUCUCAUGGCUGUCACCUUAACUGUUCCUAUUGUUAUUUUCCCAAUCCGUAGCUCCAUCAUUCAGCUGUUGUGCUCUGGGAAGGACUUUGCAUGGUGGCGCCACAUCUUGAUCACACUUCUCAUUCUGGCAUUUACCAAUUUCCUGGUCAUUUUUGUCCCAACCAUCAGAGAUAUCUUUGGAUUCAUUGGUGCCUCUGCUGCUGCUAUGCUGGUCUUUAUCCUGCCAUCAGCUUUUUACCUGAAGCUAGUGACAAAGGAAUCCAACAGAUCAGUGCAGAAGAUUGGGGCUGCACUGUUCCUCAUUAGUGGCUUUGUGGUAAUGAUUGGAAGCAUGACCCUGAUUAUUCUUGACUGGAUCCACAGUGCUUCUCCUGACAAACACUAG